AUGGAAUCGUACGUGUGUCAUGUCACGGACGCGCCGGAGGCGCAUGAGCCGCAACAGCCCAGCUCCCCGCGUGAGGAUAGCAACGGCGACUGCACGGCAUCGAAGUCGGAGGUGCUCUCGCGCAGCUCCCCCAGCACUCCCAGCAGCUGGGUGUCAGCCCGCGAUCUGAAGGGCUCCGGGGGAGAAAAUGCCUCCAUGGGCGGAAGUGGCACUCCGGAGGAGACGUCUGUGCCUGCUCCACAGUCUGCGAUAGCGACCACUGGCGCCACGGCGGCACUCGUGAACCUUCCACAACAGUCGCUGGCUGAGCAGGGAAAGGUGCCCCCGGACUACGCGGAGGCUGAGGAGGCCCAUGGCGAGGCGGGAGAGCGAGCCGCAUACCAAUGUGCAGAGGAGCGUUCUUCCUACAAGUACGGUGGCACCGUCGCAUCAGAGAACCGCUUAACUGGCGCCUCUACUUCAUCUGCGUACGAUUCAACUGGUGAAGUGGGUUCUUCCGGUACGGCAGUGGCACCGCAUGGCUCCUCGAACCGGGUGCAUGUGCCGGCAGUCUCGCACAACGGUGCAGCUACUGCGCGGCAGAAGGCGAGGGAGGUGAAAAGCACAUCCUGCAGGCCACUUCAUCUAGCCUCCAACGACUACGUCAGAGCCUACGCGCUCAGUCUCGCCUCCUCUUCCUCGUUGCCGCGACAGACGCCAGCCCAAGUCGUGGCGCCCCGCUACACACCCGAUCGGUCGCCGGAGACCAAGUGGAGUGUAUCACGGGUAAGCACGACGAGCGCGGUGCAGCACGAGGUACUACCGCCCAUCAUUGUCGGUUCCAAGAAAAAGGCCCGCCUGCGUAGGAGCAGCACGAGCGCAAAACCGCGCACCGCACCCAACAAGGUUUCGAAAGCCACUUCGACGUCUCGUUCGAUGCCAGCCGUCAGUCAUGCGUCAAACCCGUUGAGCAUGGCGGGGUCUGCGACGGCAAGGACCGUCGUCCCGACCGAGGCAUCGUACCUGACGACGUACUCAACUGAGGGCGCCAUGAAGGACUUGCUCAAGCACGUGGAUCGCAACUCGUUCGGGUUCCACCUGCGUAGUAUGUUUCAGCGGAUCGACUUCGCAGAAGUUCAACGUGAAGUCCAGCGUGGUGAGAAAGAGAGCGCUGCCUUGCAGAUGUGUCGACGUCUCUUCCGUAUCAUCGCCAAGAACAAAGACUCCAUGAGCGUGGAGGAUUUGCACGAGUUGCUGUUGACCUUCACCCCAUGCGGCGUGUCGCUUCGAGAGGGGGCUGAUUUCUUGUGGGAGAACUGCGGAGGCAAGUUGUCUUUCACCUUCCGAGACUUCCUGCAAUACGGGGCGGCACUGCGCGCACGUCUGCAGGACUACGAACUCUUUGAACGGCUGUCGGACCAGGAGAAGCUGAUCGUUACACACGCACGCAUCCUCCCGGGUAAGCCUCUAGAUGACGCCAACACAGCGCGGGUGAAUCUGCUGCGCGUAGCCGAUCAGCAGAUGCAGGACCAACUGCCGCAGGAUACCCGUUCGCUGCGCUUGUACGAGGAACUCUUCCUAGUCGACUACCAUGAGCGCCUUCACGACGCAGCGCUGAUUCCGGCGAGCGAGAUUCCACAACAGGGGCUGAAGAGCGACUACGCGCAUGAGUAUGGAUGUCAGCAGCAAGGUAGCCCAUUUUCCGGGCUUCCCCAGCUGUCGGUGCCUGUCUUGAAGGAGGACAUGGAGUGGCGACAGACGGAGGUGGGGCACUCCACCGCUAGCGACGCGGCCGUGCAUGCUGCAGCGGCUGAGACGCGCACUGCAGCAGUGCACGGCGAGAGCGAGUACCCCGCCCUCUCUCGAAGCAUCCACCCUGUGGGCGCAACCAAGGCCCCAGGCAAGGCAGGCAGUCGCACGGCGAGCCGUCGAAAGCACCCGCAACGCAGAUACAGGGCCGCCGCGGCCUCAAGCAUGGGCGCCGGAGCGACGUACAGUGACAGAAGCCGUCGGACCGGGUUGGGCUCAGAGAGAUUUGUGGUUGAUCUGCAGCAGCAGCCCCUUCCGCCGCCGCAAAAAAAGAUGGGCCGCUUUGUGGAGGAGGAGUACUGGGAGCGGCGCAUCAUGGAUGACCACCUCAUCACACAGCUGCAGUCAAUGUACAAGACGCAGUAG